AACCUCGUUGAGCGCCAUUUUCAAUAAAAUGAAAUGAGAAGGAGAGAAAAGAUAUCUUGGUAACAAUAUCAAUGAUAUGGAGGUCGACGAGACUCCAGAAACGACGGAGCAAGUCUCCAGAGCUGUUAAUCUGGAAACAGAUUUCGGCCCGUUAGAGAUUCCUCCAGCACCGCAGUCUGUAGCGACGUACGAAGUAAAUGGGCCCCGGCUUAUGAUAUCAAAGAUUGUAAAUGAAAAUUUCAAGUCGUAUGCAGGUGUUCAGACUCUUGGACCAUUUCACAAGAGCUUCACCUCAAUUGUUGGUCCCAAUGGAAGUGGAAAGUCUAAUGUCAUAGACUCAAUGCUCUUUGUUUUUGGUUUCCGUGCCAACAAAAUUCGAUCGAAGAAGAUAAAAGUGUUGAUCCAUGACAGUGAAAAUCAUAAAAAUUUGGAUUCCUGUACAGUUAGUGUCCACUUCCAGAAAAUUAUUGACACUGGAGAUGGAGAAAAUGAUUACACAGUGGUACCUAACUCUGAGUUUGUGGUGUCACGCACAGCACACAGAGACAACAGUUCUUAUUACAUGGUUGAUGGCAAACGAAAGACGUACAAAGAAGUAGCUGCUGUCCUUAGAGGCAGUGGGAUAGACCUAGAUCACAAUCGCUUUCUCAUUCUACAGGGGGAAGUAGAGCAGAUUGCCAUGAUGAAACCCAAAGGGCAGAACGAAAAUGAUGAUGGAAUGCUGGAAUUCCUGGAAGACAUCAUUGGCAGUAAUAGAUUCAAGGAACCUAUUGACAUUCUGGCCAAGCGGGUGGAAACACUCAAUGAACUCAGGGGUGAAAAGCUUAACAGAGUGAAGGCAGUGGAGAAAGAGAAGGAUGAUUUAGAGGGCUCUAAGAAUGAAGCAGUGGAAUAUUUAUGUAUGGAGAAUGAAAUUGUUCACCUCAAAAAUAAAAUCUACCAGAAAUAUGUAAUGGAAUGCUCUGAGAAUGAGAAGAAGGCUCAGGAAGAAUAUGACAAGAUUUAUGAAGGAAUGAAAGAGGUCAACGAGAAAAUGAAAAAGAUCACUGAUGCCAAGAAAGAAAAGGAGACAGCUUGUACAAAGAUAGUCAAGGAUUUUGAAAAGCUAACAAAAGAUGUAGAAGAAACUAAGGAGAAGUUUGCUGAGUUUGAAAAGCAAGACGUGAAAUGUCGUGAAGAUUUAAAGCAUGCAAAGGGAAAGACGAAAAAACUGGAGAAAACACUGGAACAGGAGAAGAAACGAGUUGAGGAACUUAAACUUGUGCCUGCAGAAUCGGAGAAAGCUAUUGCUGACUACAGGAAGAAAUUGGAGAAAAUAGAAGGGGAUAAAAAGAUUGAGGAAGAGAAACUAGCAGCUGUCAUGGAGAGUUUAAAGACAGAGACCAAGGGAUUACAAGAAGAAAAGGACAAAAAAGAGACAGAACUAUUGGAGCUUCAGAAGUCUGUCAAUGAGACAAAGUCGACCUUAAACAUUGCCCAGUCAGAGCUUGAUAUAUACCUCAGUAAUCAACAGAGCGAGAGUAGCAAGUUAAAGGAAAUGCAGAAAAACCUCCACAAGGCUGAAAGUACGCUAAAGGACAGAAAAAGUGAGGCCAGCAAUCUUGUGAAAAAUAUCCCAGAAAUGGAAAAUUUUCUCCAGAAAGCUAAGUCUGAUUUUGAGAAAUCAUCAGAGAGUGAUUCCAGAUUGGCAGAGCAGCUGAGAAGUCUGAGAUCCAAGGUGGAGGAAGCCAGAAGCUCAAUGCAGGCAGCCAGGAGUAAAGGAAAAGUCAUCGACUCUCUGAUGAAUCUGAAGAAAAAUGGGCAGAUGCCAGGGCUGUAUGGACGACUGGGGGACCUUGGUGCCAUUGACAUGAAGUAUGACAUUGCCAUAUCGACGGCAUGUGGUGCUCUGGACCAUAUUGUUGUGGACACUGUGACAUCUGCACAACGAUGUGUAGAGUAUCUGAAAAAGAACAAUAUAGGGGCUGCCACUUUUAUCUGUCUGGAUAAAAUGCAGAAGUGGAAGGAACACACAAAGAGGAAAAUACAAACUCCAGAGAAUGUCUUCAGACUCUUUGACUUGGUGAAAACUAAGGAGGAGAAGAUUCUGCCUGCCUUUUACUUUGCCCUGAGAGACACUUUAGUGGCUGAUGAUUUGGACCAGGCUACAAGGAUUGCCUACGGAAAAACUAGAUACAGAGUUGUGACCCUUCAAGGGCAAUUACUGGACCAAUCAGGUACUAUGAGUGGAGGAGGAAAAACUGUGUGUAGGGGAAGAAUGGGAUCCUCUAUUGCUUCUGAUGUAGACCCCAAAGAACUCAGCAACAUGGAAAACUCACUGGAAAAGGUGACAGCAGAAGCCCAGCAAAGUCGAGCUAACAAAGAGAAGCUGGAGGACGCAAUUCAGCAAAAUCAGAAAGACUUAACGUUUAUGAAGCACAAAAAAGAGAAAUGUGACUUGGAAAUCAAGGCAUUAGAAGAACAAAUCAAAUCCCUGACCUCUCAGAUUCAAGAACAAGAGGUGAAGGUGAAAGCUGCAGCUCCAGAUGAGAAACAGCUGAAAGAACUGGAGACAAAGGCCAACCAGUAUAGGAAAGAUUUUGACAAAGCAAAUGGAGCAGCAUCAAAGGUUGAGGCAGAAGUACAAAAACUCCACAAACAGAUUAUGGACAUUGGAGGGACUAAGAUGAAGGCAGCUCAGGCCUGUGUAGAUGCAGUCAACAACAAGAUUGACACAGUUACUGGACAAAUUACAAAAGCCCAGGUGGGCAUCAAGACAGCUGAAAGAAAUCUGAAGAAAGCAGAAGAAAAAGUAAUCACAGCUGGGGAAGAUAUUGAAGAAAACAAGAAUAAGAUUGAAGAGUUACAGAAACAACUAGAGACACUGGAGAGUGAUGCUACCACAGUACUGAAGGCCUAUAAAGAGGCCCAGGACAAGAUGAAGGAGUCUGAGGUGAUUCUAAAUGAAGUCCAGGCGGAGAUCAGUAAGCUGGAAAAGGAUGAAAACGAGCUCCAAAAAGAUGUAGUGGAUGUACGUCAUGAACUGGAGCGAAUUGAGGGCAUCAUUAAAAGCAACAAACUCAAAGUAAAACACUGGAAAAAAGAGAUGAGUACAUUGUCCUUGACACCAAUUGAUGGUAAAGAGAAUGGGGAGUUAACAGAGCUGUCCCCUGAGGCCUUGAAGGACAUUGAUAAGGAAGGGGUGCAGUAUGAAAUCACCGUUCUGGAGGAAAAACUGGCUCAAAUGAAACCUAACAUGGCAGCCAUUGCAGAGUAUCGCAAAAAGGAAGAAUUGUACCUACAGAGGGUAGGGGAACUAGACAAGAUAACAGAACUCAGGGACCAGCAAAGAAAGUACUUUGAGGAGCUACGUAAAGAGAGGCUGGAUGAAUUCAUGGCAGGAUUCUCAGUCAUCACCAACAAACUCAAGGAGAUGUACCAGAUGAUCACACUUGGAGGAGAUGCCGAGCUCGAGCUCGUGGACUCACUCGAUCCUUUCUCGGAGGGAAUUGUAUUCAGUGUUCGACCACCUAAGAAGUCGUGGAAGAAUAUAUCUAACUUGUCUGGAGGAGAGAAGACCCUGAGUUCGUUGGCCCUGGUGUUUGCCCUCCAUCACUAUAAACCCACCCCCCUGUAUGUCAUGGACGAGAUUGACGCUGCUCUUGACUUUAAAAAUGUAUCCAUUGUCGCUAAUUACAUCAAGGAGAGGACAAGGAAUGCCCAGUUCAUAAUUAUCUCACUGAGAAAUAACAUGUUUGAGCUGGCUGACAGACUGGUGGGGAUAUACAAGACAGACAACUGUACGAAGUCUGUGACCGUUAACCCCAAUAACCUCAUUCUUCCCCUCCAGGAGGUGAAUGCCAAUGGCUGAGGAGCAGAUUCUUCUCUAUGGGGCUCUAGCAACAGGUGCCCAUUUCUUAUGUUGACAUUAAGACACUGGUCUCAAGACUAAAUUGCAAGAUAGUAAGCAUAUAUCUUGUAAAGAAGUUUUCCUGAUAGUGGAGAGUAGAGAAAAAAAUGAAUAAUAGAUAUGCAGAUGUACAUGAGAUAGUCUUUAAGUUUGAGAUUUUAGUAAGGAUCACUCUUCCCUCCAUUUACCACUCAUGUGUUCAAAAAAAAAAAUUUUUUUGUAUAUAUUUUUAAACCAAGACUAUAUAUAUACUUAUGUAUCAGUACAAAGUACAAAAUUGCAAGUGUUCAGGAAUUGAAAGUCAAAAGAAUUCAUAUUUGGUUGAAACAUUUAUUUUGUUCAACAUUUAUUUUUGCAUACAUUUUUAAACCAAGACUCUCUCUCUCUCUCUCUCUCUCUCUCUCUCUCUAUAGGUACAAAAUAGCCUGCAUUCAGGAAUUGAAAGUCAGAAAAUUCAUUUUUGGUUGAACUUAUUGUUUUUCUGUAAUGUCAUUUCACACUUUUCUCUCAUCUUCUGAUUUCCUUCAAUCCGGUCUGUUUCUUGGCAGGUCUUUUUUAAAAACAUUAUUUAUGUACAAAUAUAGUCUUUAUUCAUCGUAAUAAAAGAAAAGAAAAUGAAA